AUGAUGUCCUUCUUGUCUCUGCUCCUGGUGGGCAUUCUGUUCCCUGCCCUUGAGGCCAAGCAAUUUACAAAAUGUGAGCUGUCCCAGGUGCUGAAAGACAUGGAUGGCUAUGGAGGCGUCACUCUACCUGAAUGGAUCUGUAACAUAUUUCAUGUCAGUGGUUAUGACACACAAACCAUGGUCAAUAACAAUGGCAAGACAGAAUAUGGACUCUUCCAGAUCAAUAACAAACUUUGGUGCAGGGACAAUCAGAUACAGUCAAGGAACAUCUGUGACAUCUCCUGUGAUAAAUUCUUGGAUGAUGACCUUACUGAUGACAUGAUAUGUGCCAAGAAGAUCCUGGAUAGUGAAGGAAUUGACUACUGGUUGCCCCAUAAGCCACUCUGCUCCGAGAAGCUGGAACAGUGGCUCUGCGAGAAGUUGUGA